AUUAGACAAAUAGUCCAUUGCAUACCAUCCUGUCUAUGCUACGCGCUGCAGUCACCGCUGUCACCUUGCGUAGCCUGUCACGGCCUCGACUGCCCUCUCCGAUCGCAAGGAUGUCCAGUACUGCGCUCCCUAGCCUCGAGGCGCCGGGAGACAAGACUCCGGCUGCGUCCCCGGCUGUCAAAGCCAAACGAAAGGCCAACGAUUCUGCCUCCGCCAGUGAACCUGUCGAGUCAAGCAUCUCCAAGACCAAGCCCAAGAAAUCGAAGAAAGUCGAAGCUGAGGAUGAGCUGGAAGAUGCCACCUCGAAGCCAAAGAAGGAUAAAAAGGUCAAAGAGCCAGUCAGACCACUCGACCCGUCCCUGCCUACGAACAAGACGAUACCCGCAGGUCUCAGCUUUGAGACCCCCGCACGCCAGCCAGACGCUGUCCGUCUGACUGCAGUCAAUCUCAGUGGCAUGGCAGCGUCGCUCAAGAAGGGCAUGUGGACAUAUCUCGAAGCGGAGGAUGCCGACGUUGUGAUCAUGACCGAGACCAAGAUCGCCUCUGAGCCAGCUCAUGAAGGCAUACAGGCCAAAUACAAGCAUCGCUACUUCUCCGCUGGUGCAGAGAAGGGUCAGGCAGGCACUGCCGUCCUGUCAAAGAUUGAGCCGCUGUCUGUCGCCUACGAUUUGCCCACCUUAGCCGAGCCCGGCAAACUCGCUGGCAGGCUCGUCCGCCUCGAAUUCCCCUCGCUGUAUGUACUGGGCACUUACACGCCCAAUGCUGGCCAAGGCUUGAAGAGCAUGCCCCGCAAGCAAGACUGGAACGAGGCCUUUGAGCGAUACCUGCGCGAGCUAGAUUCGGUCAAGCCUGUCGUUUGGAUGGGCGAUCUCAAUGUCGCGCCCACCUCGAUAGAUGUCAGGAAUAGCAAGAAGAAUUGGGACAAAGAGCCCGGGCAUACUGCUAUUGAGCGAGACGCAUUUGUACAACAGCUCCAGCCGACUGAAAGCGAACACAAGCCUCUCAUCGACGUCUGGCGCCAUCGCAACCCUGAUGUGGAACAAUAUACCUAUUACUCCUACCGUUUCGAUUGUCGCACCAAGGGCAUCGGCUGGAGGCUUGACUACGCUAUAGUAUCAGAGCGUAUGCUUGCUCGAGUGCAGGCAUGCGAAAUUCGCCAGAUCGCUUAUGGCUUUAGUGAUCAUGUUCCAAUCAUGCUCGACUUGCAAGGUCCGCUAUAGGUCCAGGAGUAGCAGUAGCCGCCAUCACAGUGAUGCGUUGCCUGCC